AUGGGGAAGUCCUUUGAGGUCCUGGUGUUUGUGUACUGGUUGGCCUGUGGAACGUCCUACCGGGUUUUGCCUGAGGUCAUCUCUGCCUCGGGAAUGGGGAUAUCUUGGAGCCUGAGCUUGUGCAAGAAAAAGAUGGUGCCAUUGGAGACAAUGCGCUACAGCGAACCUCUUCAGUGGUCUGGGGACACACUCAGGGACAGGUUUGCCACAUCUGCAUUGUCCCACCCAGGCAGUUUGCAGUAUUUUAACAGAAAGCUGUUCCACUCAGUGCAGUUUCAGGCCAUCUGCAACCACCAGGGUCAUUUUCUGGAUGUGGUGGUGGGCUUCCCUGGCUGUCUGCAUGAUGCCCGGUUCCUGAGGAGUAGCCUCUUCUACAUGCACCAGCUGAACCCACCUCCUGGAUGGUAUCUGACUGGAGAUGGUGGUUACCCAUGCUUGGCUGAGCCCAUUUGCCUGCUGACACCCUCCAGGGAGCCGGUCCGCAAUGCUGUGGAAGGCAGGUACAACACAAGGCUGUCCAGGUCAUGGUGUGUGGUGGAGAGGGCAUUUGGAGUCCUCAAGACCAGGUGGCGCUCCAUUUUCCUCAAGGCACCGGAGUUUGUGCCUGAGGUCAUCACUGCCCAAUGGAGACAAUGCGCUACUACGAAUCACUUCAGCAGUCUGGGGACACACUCAGGGACAGGCUUGCAGCGGCAGUGCCCGUACCCAAGGGAUUGGAAAUCCAACCCCUCGUCCAAGGCGACACCCUUCAGGGAGCCGGUCCGCAAUGCUGUGGAAGGCAGGUACAACGCAAGCCUGUCCAGGUCAUGGUGUGUGGUGGAGAGGGCAUUUGGAGUCCUCAAGACCAGGUGGCGCUCCAUUUUCCUCAAGGCACUGGAGGUGAAGGUGGAGUUUGUGCCAGAGGUCAUCACUGCCCAAUGGAGACAAUGCGCUACUACGAACCACUUCAGCGGUCUGGGGACACACUCAGGCACAGGCUUGCAGCGGCAGUGUCUGCGCCAAGGGAUUGGAAAUCCAACCCCUUGUCCAAGUCGUAAGAGGUGGAAACAGGUAAAGGACAAGAUUGCCAGGCCGAUACGUAUCCUUUCCCACCGGCUGUCAGACUUCCUACUUCGAAACCAGUACAUUGACACUUCAGUGCAAAAGGGUGGGAUCCCAGGGGUACCAGGGUGCCUGGAACACAGUGGAGUGGUGACACAGCUGAUAAGAGAGGCCCGAGAGGGGAAAGGGAACCUAUCUGUGCUUUGGCUGGAUCUAGCUAAUGCAUACGGCUCCAUACCCCACAAGCUGGUGGAGGUGGCAUUGGAGAGGCACCAUGUCCCAUGUAACAUCAAGGCCUUAAUCAUGGACUACUAUAACAGCUUCCACCUCAGAUUCACUUCUGGUGCAGUUACAUCAGAGCGCCACCGGCUUGAGAAAGGGAUCAUCACUGGAUGUACCAUUUCAGUGAUUCUCUUUGCCUUGGCCAUGAACAUGCUGGUCAAGUCAGCCGAGCCGGAGUGCAGAGGGCCCACAACCAAGUCCGGCAUCCGUCAGCCCCCCAUCAGGGCGUUUAUGGACGACCUGACUGUGACAACAACAUCAGUACCAGGGUGCAGAUGGAUCCUCCAGGGCCUGGAGAAGCUUACCACCUGGGCCCGCAUGCGCUUCAAACCAGAGAAAUCCAGGUCUCUAGUCCUUAAGGGAGGGAAGGUGACUGACCGGUUCAGCUUCUUCCUUGGAGACACCCAGAUUCCAUCCGUCACAGAGAAGCCUGUGAAAAGCCUGGGGAAGAUCUUCGACUGCUCCCUGAGGGAUACAGCUUCCAUCAGGGCCACCAAUGAACAACUCGAUGGCUGGCUAAAGGCAGUGGACAAAUCUGGUCUCCCGGGGAAGUUCAAGGCAUGGGUGUACCAGCAUGGCAUCCUGCCCAGGAUAUUAUGGCCAUUGCUGGUGUAUGAAUUUCCCAUGUCCACCGUGGAAGGGUUUGAGCGGAGGGUCAGCAGCCACCUCCGACGCUGGCUGGGGCUCCCUCGGAGUCUCAGCAGCCUUGCCCUCUACGGCAACAACAACAAGCUGAACCUACCAGUCAAGGGCCUCACGGAGGAGUUCAUGGUUGCCAGAGCAAGGGAGGUCCUCCAGUACAGGGAAUCGAAGGACCCAAAGGUGGCUCAAGCUGGCAUUGAGGUCAGGACAGGCAGAAGGUGGAGGGCGCAAGAGGCGGUGGACCAGGCUGAAGCUCGGCUGUCCCACAAAGAGCUCGUGGGAUCUGUGGCCACUGGCCGGGCAGGACUGGGAACCGUACCAACUACCCACCUCAGCAGGCUCCGGGGCAAGGAUAGGCGGGACCGGGUCCAACUUGAGGUGCGGGCUGGAGUCGAGGAGCAGCGUGCUAGCCAGUGGGUGGGGCUAAGGCAACAGGGCGCGUGGACCAGAUGGGAGGAAGCCAUGAACAGAACCAUCUCAUGGCCGGAGUUGUGGAAGGCGGAACCGCUCCGCAUAAAAUUCCUCAUCCAGUCUGUUUACGACGUCCUGCCCAGCCCUUCAAACCUCUUCCUUUGGGGCAAGGUUGAAGCUCCAUCAUGUACCUUGUGCCAGGGAAGGGGAACGCUUGAACACAUCCUCAGCAGCUGUCCUAGGGCACUUGGAGAUGGUCGCUACCGCUGGCGCCACGACCAAGUACUGAAAGCAGUUGCUGAGUCCAUCCACUGUGCCGUCGACUACAGCAAGCGCUUACCACCACCGAGGCACGGGAAGGCAUUUGUGAAGGCUGGGGAAAAACCCCCUCCCCAACCAAAGGCCCAAACAGGACUGCUGGGAACAGCUAAGGACUGGCAGCUGAGGGUGGACUUAGGAAAGCAGCUGAAGUUCCCCGUGAGCAUCUUGAAAACCAGCCUGAGACCAGACAUUGUGCUGCAAUCAGAGUCUUCCAAGCAGGUUAUCAUGUUGGAGCUGACGGUGCCUUGGGAGGAGAGGAUGGAGGAAGCCAGUGGGAGGAAGAGGGAGAAAUAUGCAGAGCUGGUGGAGGACUGCCGCAACAGGGGGUGGCGAGCAAGAUGCUUGCCCAUUGAAGUCGGGGGAAGGGGCUUUGCAGGGAAGUCACUCUGUAGAGCCUACAGUCUCCUAGGCAUCACAGGGGCAAGGAAGAGGAGAGCCAUCUGCUCAGCUACAGAGGCCGCUGAGAAAGCUUCUCGGUGGCUGUGGAUCCAGAGGGACAAGGCGUGGACGAGCGCUUCUUGGACACAGGCCGGGAGCUGAUCACUCCCGGUCGGGUCGCCUGGGUGAGGGGGUCUGAAGUUGAAAGACCCGAAACCCCC